AUGCGUCUCACAGCGGCUGGUUUAAUCCUGGUCGUGACUGGCAUCGCCGAAGGUUUGGAAUGCAGCGCAGGAUGCAACCCAGAAGGCGGGUUCUGUGAGGAACCAGGAGAGUGCAGGUGUAAACCAGGGUGGCAGGGAGAGACGUGCAACCGGUGUGUACCCUUUCCUGGUUGUUUGCAUGGUUCAUGUCAGAAGGCUUGGCAGUGCAUCUGUGAGGAUGGAUGGGUGGGCAGUUUGUGUGACCAAGAUACACGUCUCUGUUCAUCCAAGCCUUGCUCUAGCAAUGCCACCUGCAUUGAGACGGGGGAGGGGGGAUACCUCUGUAUCUGUCCUCCCGGCUACACUGGGGAAAACUGCCACCUGAAGAAAGGCCCCUGCUUCACCAACGGCUCUCCUUGUCAGAAUGGAGGCACGUGCACGGAUGAAGAUGGUUUAGCGGCUUACUCUUCCUGCGUAUGUCCCCCAGGGUUUGCCGGAGAUUUCUGUGAGAUCAAUGCUGACAGCUGCCAGCCCAACCCCUGCUUCAAUGGCGGCAACUGCACCAACCAUGGCCUGGCCUUUACUUGUGUCUGCCCCAACAGCUUCUCUGGUUUCACCUGUAAUGACACUGCCCCCAUCCUCUAUCCUUGCAAUGGUGAGCCCUGUGCCAAUGGAGGCAUGUGUGUCGGUCAUCCAAAUGGAGCCUACCACUGUGUUUGCCAAAAAGGGUUCACAGGCCCUACGUGCUCUCUGCAGCAUAGACUGAAGACCAAGUCCAAGCCCACUAAACCAUCUGACCACCGGAUGCUCUCACUUACUCCCCAGCACUACUCCCUCCCUGCCCAUGCCUUCCACAAGCUUCUCAGACCACCCGAGAGAGAUCUGCUGAAGAUCACUUUAAAGGAGACAGUCCAUUCCUCUGGUGGCCUUGUCACCCAUGGUCAGCUCCUCUGCUUUGCCAUGCUAGCCCUGCUCACCUGCUUAGUCAUCCUGGGGACAACAGGUAUUGUGUUUUUCGGUCGUUGUGAGACUUGGUUGGCCAAUGCCAAGUACAGCAAGCUUGUUCGGCGGCAAAGGAAACACCUGCUGAGAGAGGCAGGUGGCAACAAUCAGGAGGAGGUGGAACAUUCAGUAAAUCUUAUCUUGCCUGAAAAGAUUAGACUCACCAGCUUUACAAGACACUACACCUCCAUCUGA